AUGCUGGCCUUAUUGGGCAUUCCUCCCUCUCCCACACCCUGUGAACCAGUCAAACUGGCUUUCACUCUGAUCCUCAUCCAUGACUCUCCAUCUCUUAUCUCCAUGGCUUUGAGCUGUACCUCCUACAAGUUUCGUGUCCGUGCUCUGAACAUCUUGGGAGAAAGUGAGCCCAGUGCUGCUUCCCGACCCUACGUGGUAUCAGGAUAUAGUAACCGUGUGUAUGAGAGGCCUGUUACAGGGCCUUAUAUCACCUUCACUGAUGCUGUCAAUGAGACCACCAUCAUGCUGAAGUGGGUGUACAAAUCAGCCAGUAACAACAACACCCCAAUCCAUGGCUUUUACAUCUACUAUCGCCCCACAGACAGCGAUAAUGACAGUGACUACAAGAAGGAUGUAGUAGAAGGGGAUCGCUACUGGCACUCCAUCAGCCACCUGCAGCCAGAGACCUCGUAUGAUAUUAAGAUGCAGUGCUUCAACGAGGGUGGCGAGAGCGAGUUCAGCAAUGUGAUGAUCUGUGAAACCAAAGCACGUAAGCCUUCUGGUCAACCAGGCCGACUCCUACCCCCUACUCUGGCCCCACCACCAAUCCUGCUGCCAGACCUGGGAGAUCGCCCUGGGGGUUCUGGGGGCCCUGGGGCUAUGGUGGCCCGCUCCAGUGACCUGCCCUACCUAAUUGUGGGUGUAGUCCUUGGCUCCAUCGUCCUCAUCAUUGUGGCCUUCAUACCUUUCUGCCUCUGGAGAGCCUGGUCCAAGCAAAAGCAAACUGCUGACCUGGGAUUCCCUAGCACGGCACUGCUAUCCUCGUCUUGCCAAUAUACCAUGGUGCCUCUGAGAGGGAUCUCUGCCCCACGAGCCAAUGGACAGCCCUACAUCAAUGGACAGCCCUAUGGCAAUGGGUUACACAUUAAUGGGGCCUGCCCCUCAGCUGGCCUGGGCUUUCCAGGUGUGAAAACCCAAGAGUACAGCCCAGGCGAGCUUCAGCAGGUAACUUAUACCCACUGGAUCUGUGUGUGCUAGUUAGGGUGU